AUGGCCAAAAUUAGUCAAGGUAUGCAUUUGAAUAGUGACAAAUAUGGAAUUAGAGUAGACAUAUCAAGGUAUAAUGAAAUGUUGAAUGAAAGAGAAGUUUUAGAAGUUAUAAUCAACGAAUAAGUCAAAUAUUGAAAAGUGAAAAAUCACCGUGGGAAGUCAUAUCAAAGAAGUUUACGCAAAUUAUCGUCUCAAAUAUUUAAAUUCCAAUUUAUAAGUUUAUGAAUUUCAAUACUAACUUAUUUCUAGACGUUUCAUCAUCACGUUCUAAAGCUAGAAAAGCUUAUUUCACUUCAUCAUCAGUUGAAAGAAGAGUUUUAUUAUCAGCUCCAUUAUCAAAAGAAUUAAGAUCAAAAUAUAACAUCAAAUCAUUACCAAUUAGACAAAAUGAUGAAGUUCAAGUUGUUAGAGGUUCAAAAAAAGGUUCAGAAGGUAAAGUUAAUUCAGUUUAUAGAUUAAAAUUUGCUAUUCAAAUUGAAAAAUUACAAAAAGAAAAAUCAAAUGGUGCUUCAGUUCCAAUUAAUAUUCAUCCAUCAAAAGUUGUCAUUACUAAAUUACAUUUAGAUAAAGAUAGAAAAGCUUUAAUUGAAAGAAAAGGUGGUAAAUUAGAAUAA